AUGCCGCUGUCAGCUGAGAUGGAGCAGAACCUUCAGAAUGUGCAGAAGAAGGUGAUGGCGCUGCUCGCGCCCAUGGACGACCCCAGAGUGACGACGAAGCAGGAGAUGGCGACGGCUCAGCAGAUCAAGAGACUCCUGCUGGAGUCGGACUUCGCCUACGAGGUGACGGAAGAUAAGGAGGCGUUCGCGCCUCAUCCAGAGAACCGCUACACCAUGGGCCUUGAGCCGAUGGACGUGCACGAUCUCUUGCAGCUGAUCGCCAACAAGGGAUGGUGCGACGACGCAGCCGCUGGAGCGACGGCGUUCGAGCUCAGCGAAGACCCGCAGACUAGGGCAAAGCAGCUGCAGUUCCAGGUGGAUCUCGUGGCCCGCUCGGGCGAACUGCUUGCCCCGUCGGAGCCCCAUAAGGUCAAGUACCUGACGGUCGGUGGUUCCCACGCGCUUGCUGGCAGCAGGUGCGUGCAUCACAGAUGCAAGAGCCACGUCGCAGCGCUGUGCACGGAGGACGGCAGGCUUUCUCGCGAGAAGGUCUUGGCCUAUUGCCCGACCUACGCUGUGCCGCUCGACCGAGGCAUGCACUUCACCAUCAUCAGGAAGGAGAUCGAGCAGGUGUGCCCAACGUUGCCAGAAUUUCUCCAGCGCGCUGGCAACGCCAAGCACGGAACGGAGAGGCAGCAAACGCAGAUUCAGUUGUUGUGCCAAAUACACCAGAUGGCGAUUGCCAACUACCAGAAGCACGGCGACUCCCGCUGGGACUACAUCGCGAGGGAGGUGAACAAGGUUCCCUCGGCCAAGGGCAUCGCGAUCGACCUGUGCGCAUACGUCCGCCAAUGGAGUGGCGGUUCGACAGCCCCAUUUCUAGCGGAGCUGAAGGAGUUCGCGUCGAGCCUGACGGUGCGCCGUGAGAUCAAGGGCCCCGUGUGGAGGGCGUUGGCUAGCUUGGAGUUCUCGCAGGGGGCUGAGUACGUCACCUCGUGCGUGAAGGCGAUGAUGUGUUCGCCAGACCACUUCACGCGCGAUGGCGAGUCGACCCUGCUGGCAUCGAGCGAUAUCCAGACCAUCAUCGGAAAAAACAAAGUGAAGUGCAUCGAGGCCGCGUGCAUGGCCCGCGCAGCUGCCGCAUUCGUGAAGGCUUUCCCCGAGAUCCCAAAGUCUGAUCGUGUGAAGCUGGUCGCGUCGAUGGAGACUCGCGCAGUCAUGAGCAUCCACGGCAAGAAGUCGCGCUGCAGGCAGCACUACGAUACGCUGAAGGGCGUCCAGGUCAUGUUCUUGCAGGAGUUGUACCAGCUGCAUCCCAGCGCCAGGUCGAUGGACCCGCCUUUCUCCGUCGACGGCGCCUCGAGGGUUCAAGCCAUGGACUCCAACGCCAGCGCCAGUGGCAUGCGCGAGUUCGCAGGUGCGUCCAUCAGCGUGGACGGGGCCAAGGCCAUGGGCUACACAGUCGGGUGCAUCCUGAAGCCGCGCGCCACCGACGCCGAGUCCAAGCCGAUGGUGCUCAUGAACUUUGUCGGCCAGGAGGUGGUCAUCAGGUCCGAGUUCGAGGGCGACCUGGACUUUGAGGUCAAGGGCGAGCCGCCCACGCCGCCGCCGACGAUCACCAUGUCCCUGGCCAAGUGCAUCGACGAUUUCAAGGCCAGCCUUUUUUGA